UCCCAAGUGCGCGUACGUGCGUCGACUCCUAUUAUUUGUGAGUUGGCCUGGCAGUCUGCAUUGUCCAAGGCCUCUCGUGAAAGAUUCCGUAGCCAUUUUAGCUCAAGCCAAGACGGCGCCACACCACACUCUGCACGUAAGUCGUACCCAUGCUUGUCCAGUCUGGCAAGGUUGCACCUUUGACCUCAGUUCUCUGAGUGGUGCUCUGGGGCCUCUGCACAUGCGGUGAGGCCAUGGGCGCGGCGGCGUCGGUGCAGCUGCGCAAGAGGACCGUCAAGGAUGCCAUCAAGAAGGCGGGAGACGUCCACAGGAAGAACGACCACGACCACGGCCACGAUCGCUUGAACAACGCGAGCAAAUAAAAUCUUCGAGGGCACCGCCGCCACGUGAGGAGGGGCGGCGUCCAGAUGACGCACAAUAUGGCUUACUUCGACACCGUUGAGAUUGGUGACCCGCCGCGGCCAUUCCAGGUCGUUUUCGACUCUGGCAGUGGGAACCUGUUGGUGCCGGGGAGUAGCUGCGACUCCGAGGCGUGCAACGGACGUGCCCUGUACAAUCAUCAUCCCUCCACCAGCGGGAACCGGGUGCCCUGCCCUGCCUCUAGUAAGUCCCAUGCCUCACUGGAAGACCACACAACAGUAUCUUUUGGCGUUGGACAGAUUGUGGGCGAUUGUUUUGAGGAUCAGAUUUGCCUUGGCACCGUCUGCUACGCUGGUGCCUUCAUUGCGAGCACCUACGAGAGCAACACCCCGUUCGCAUUCUUCAAUUUUGACGGGUUAUGGGGUUGUCCCUGCCCUACAUGUCGCGGGGCCCCAAGUUCAAUACGCUGGAAAGGAUCAAGGCGACCGAGAAGCUCCAUCAGACGGUAUUCGCAGUUUUCCUGUCCAUUCGCGACACUGAAGUCUCCGAGAUCACCUUUGGCAGCAUGAAGACAAGCCACUUGGCGUCGGACCUACACUGGGUUCCCGUCGCUUCCCGCCACACGGGCUUUUGCGAGUUUCAGAUAUCGGACGCUUCCCGCCACACGGGCUUUUGGGAGUUUCAGAUAUCGGACAUCACCAUCGACGAAUGUCCGCAGAAUUUGUGUGUUGACUGCUACGCCGCCGUGGACACGGGGACGUCAGACUUGGCCGGGCCGACAGCGAUCAUACAACAGCUCUCCUGGAGGCUGAACGUAGAACCUGACUGCGGGAACUUCCACAACUUACCGAGGCUUGGGUUCCUCGCCAAUGGGGUAAUCAUGAACCUCGAGCCGAAGGAUUGCGUCGACGAAGGUCCUGGCAGUUGCGAGACUUCCUUGGUGAGUCUCGACAUCCCCCCGCAGUGUCCUGCCAGCACGGCCCUUCUGUGGGGCCUCUGAGGCACAUGGCAGCGGAGGUGGGGAAGCCUUGCCGAAAACCAAGCUCUCUCCCGCCUGUGCUACAAAAGCUGUGUACGCAACCAUCUUGCCAGAAAC